CAGGGCGUCCCAGGGACAGAGCUGCCCCCAGAUCGCGGCGCAGGAGGAGAGGCUAUGAAGAGAGCGCAAUAAAGAAGCUUGCCACCCUGUGUGCCCCCGGGUCGUUCUUGAUGGCGAGAGCGACAAGUGGUGCCGAAACCCGGGAACGCUUACGUGGUGGGAGGACACACGGGAGCUAGGCAACGAUAAGGAUGCGCCAACUCCAAUCUGGGUGCCGGAGAGGCUCACGAGGAUGGUGGUCAUGGAGCCUGUGGACCCUGUGGAUGAUGAUGAUGAUAAAUCUACAUCCCAACACCAAGACAACAGCGGAGCCAGUCCUCUGUACAUCGCAGACUUGCCUCCUGUCUGAAUGCUGGAACACCUCGAGGGGCGACUCUGCAAUACUCACCAGAAUCCCUACGUAUAUCCCAAUACCAGUACAAGUGGACUCGAACAAUUUGCCGGUGUUGCUUCGCCACAAACGAGACUUUGGGAUCACCGCAGCCGUAAUUGCAGCCAUUGCAGCAUCUACGGCCGCCGCAGCAAUAGCGCUAACAACAUCAGUACAAACUGCUGCAACUCUCAACAACGUCACAGGACUGGUGGCCGAGGCUCUCGCAACACAAGACCAAAUCAAUGGACAUUUACAUGCAGGGAUUCUCAUUGUAAAUCAGAGAGUAGAUCUAGUACAAGAACAGGUUGAUAUCCUGGGGUCAUUAUUGGCUAUUGGAUGCAUAAGCAACAUGCCAGGACUCUGUGUUACCCCAGUAACUUAUAGUAAUUUAACUAUUGCGGCAAAUCUCUCCAAACAGCUGGGACGUAUGCUCAAUGGUACCUGGAAUCUCAAGUUCCAGAAUUUAACCUGACAGUUAAGAGCCCAAAUCGUCACCCUAAAUGCCACUAAGGUGCCCAUUGCCUCAGUCCAAGAUUGGCUUAACAUGCUGCAGCAAUCAGUCUCAUUCCUCAAACAAUGGGCCGGCCUGGGAGCCUUGGCCAUCCUGCUAGUGAUAGCCAAUGUAUUUAUGAUACGCUGGUUUUGUAGCCUCGGUUGUCGACAGCGUCGACAGCAACAACUCAUGGCCCAGGCCAUGAUGGCUCUCGAGGCUGGUACCUCCCCCCAAGUAUGGCUAGGCAUGCUAGACCGGUAGUCAAAGAUGGAUAAGACUGAUCCCACACCAUAGCAACCUAAGACAGGGGCCCCUCGACCAGGAGGAGUACCCAAUGAUGGGUAAGCAUGGGUAGUGAGGAUCGGCAACCUAAGACAGGCACGGUCUCAGUCAUCACAUAUAAAUAAAAUAAAAAAGGGGGAGCUGUCGGGAGCCACACUGGCAGAACAAGAACAAGAUGGCGCAUGUGCUUUUGAGGAACUAGA